GCCAAGCAUUUUACAACAAAAUUGUUCACAAAUGAAUACUCCAUGACGUGUGUUUGAAUGCUGAGCGAAGGAUAUCUCCUCGUCGGGGACAUUCUCUCGCUUUGUCUAUACUUUCCUGGUCUUGCUUUUCGCCAAAUGAACUCCUAGCCUAGCCUGCCCCAUACACACACACACACACACUCAUAAUAGAACACUGAGAGAAAUACUUUAGACAAAAUUGUACAGCUUGAGUAGAGGCAAAAGUAAACAAAAAUAGGCGCAACCAUGAAUAAAGACGACGCCAUAAUGGAUGGGCCGAAGCGCAUGCAGAACGAGCUGAAGCAGAUGAUGGAGCAAAAGCAGCUCAGCCAGCUGCAGCUGCUGGAGCCCGAGAAGGACAACAUCUACAAGUGGUAUGCACUGCUGAUGCCCAAUACGCCGCCGUACGACAAGGGCGCCUUCAAGCUGGAGAUAGACUUCCCCAAGGAGUAUCCCUUUCGGCCACCCAUUCUUCACAUCAACACGAAGAUCUAUCAUCCCAAUAUCAAUGAGCGCGGCCAGGUCUGCCUGCCCAUACUAGAGGCGGAGCACUGGAAGCCAACGUCGCGCAUCGAGCACGUGCUGCAGGUGCUCAUCGCGACCAUUAACGAUCCACAGCCCGAUAAUCCCUACAACGUGGAGAUAGCCAGUCAAUUUGUGAAUGAUCCAAAGAAGUUCUAUCGCAUGGCCGAGGCCUGGGUCGAUCGCUACGGCGAACAUCGUCCCACGGAGCAGGAGCUGGCGCGCAUUGCCCGUCGCAAGAAGAAGGCGGCAAUGCGUUAAAUAAAUUGAUGCCUACUUUUUCUUUCCAGUGUACCCAUUCAAGGUCAUGCAGUAAAC